AUGUCUCGCUCCGUCGACGAGGAAUCCAAAGGACAUCCUUCGAAUGACCAUCCUCCCUAUCAAGAAUUAGCACAACCGUAUCAUGACGGUCCUGGCUAUUCCAACAAGUACAAUCCGGCCUAUCCAUCGUCUAAUAAAUUACCAGUCCCAACCACCGAGAACAAACCCAGCAAUACAUUUUGUUGCGUCGUGCUUUGCCUUAUGGUUGCGUUAAUCUUUGGCGCGGUCCUCUUGAGCCUCCUAUUGUGGUUUCUUGUCGGUUCAGUCGUUCCCAGUUUUGAAAUUCAAAUGUUUUCCAUUCCCAAUUUCAACUUUACCGAUACAAAGUUAAAGGCUAAUUGGGAAGUCAGGUUGAACAUAAAGAAUCCAAACCGUAAACUGGAUAUUUCUUUCGAUCAAACCGAAAGUAGCCUUGUUUACAAGAAUUUCAUUGUCGAUACAUCCUUGGUUGAUUCUUUUCAAGUGGAGAGAGGAGAAGAAAUGGAUAUGGAUACCGACUUUUUCGUGCCUGCUUCUGAUGACACAUAUUAUAGCACGACUGAAGCGCCAUGGGUGAAAGAUAUGCUAGAAGAACGACGUAAAGGGAGCAUGGUUUUUGAAGUUAGGAUCAUAGCAACAGCUGCAUUUAUGGCUGGGGAGUUUUGGAGAAGACCGACAACCUUAAAAGUUGCAUGUGUGGAAUUAAAGGUUGAUUUUCCAGCUCCAACGGGUGGUGGUUCAUGGAAUGGUGACAAAAAAGAAUGUAUGUUGUUUCAUUGA